UAUAUUCCAAAACUAAACAGAUUUAUAUUUUAAUAGUAAAUAAAAUGGUUUUAAAUAGAACAGAAAUUGUACUGUAUGAAGAGAUUUGGCAUAAAGACCUCGCAAAACGGAAAAUAUGGAAAGAUAUACCUUAUCUCGAAAGAUUUCUACAUCAGUGGAGAGCUUAUAAAAGAUCACGAGCUAUACGUAGUUUUCUUAAAAGACACAAAUUAGCUAUUCCAAUAACAAUUGCUGCAGUAGUCUUAGGUUCCUUUAUUUGUUUCAUGAAUUUCAGUGCAGGUUACAUGGCGGAGAGGUAGUAUAUAUGUAUAGAAUUUUUUCUGCCUUUUUUGAAAGACCGAGGACUUGUUGUUGUUGUUAAAAUAUAUCUCUAGAACAUUUCGUUAAAAUAAAAAAGAAAUAAUGAUGCAAACAAAGAUGAAUCGAACUGGAUACUUAUAAAAUAGAAAAAUGGGCAACCGACCAUCUUGUACUCGCAAGCAAAAUAAUACUAAUACCGAGAAAAAUCUUGAUUCAAGUGUAAAUAAAUCACCUUCAAAUACAAAACACAAUUCCGAAACUGAAAAGGAACUAUCUAAAACUCAGCCCGUACCAAAAAGUAGUAAAAGUCAAGAGUUAAAUAAAACAGAUUCAAAAAGUAGUAAUUCUUCUAAAAUAAAACCCAAAACAUCCAAAACUACAACUAGUCAACACAAACCACAACAACAGAAGAAAAAACCUACAACUGAAACAGAUUAUGAUGAUGAAGAGUUUUCCUUAUCAAAAUUACGUGCAAGAAAUCAGGCCGCUGCUCAAAAUAAUCCGCCUGCACAUCCUACGCAUUUAAAACCGGGAAUAUCAUAUGCGGAUGCCGCGAGAUCUGCUAAUGAAAUUAAAAUUUGUUCACUCAAUCCGCAACAGCCUUCAGGAUCUGCGCAUACACAAGAAACGGAUUAUGAGAAUGAAGAGUUUUCUUUAGCAAGAUUAUAUGCAAAUAAAAAUACUAAACCGCCCUCAAAUCAAAAAAUAAAUGAAACAAAACAAACUACUCAACAAAAAAAAUUAAAUCCUGAGCCUUCUAAAGUAACACCUGGAAUAUCGUAUGCUGAUGCAUUACGCACGUCUGACAUAAACCAACUAAAACAAGAGAAAGCCCAAUUGAAAUCCGUUUCGAGCUUCUGCUUGCUAUGUCAAAAGCAAAAACCACCUCUUGUUAAGGAUCACUUGGAUGCAAGAAUCAAACAACUCAUUGGCAAUCAUCCAGCUAAGACGGUGACACUGACUCUUACUCUACAAACUAAUGGCAUAUUCCACAUUAACAUCUCACUAUCAGAAGCUGGAAAUUACAUUGGAUGUUUGUUGGCUACUGAAAAUGCAAUUUCCACAUUGUCGAGGACAUCUGAUUUUAAAGAGUAUUUCAAGAUUUUCAUAGCAAACGAUGAGAAUACAGUCAAAAAGAAAGAACAUCUGGUUCAUCCUGCAAUUACUCUUACAAGACAUAAAGAAUAACUAGUCC